UCAUUUUCUUCCAUUUUCUCUCUGGCGCCUGGCGGUAGAAAGCGUAGUAAGAGCAUCCGCAAGCGUGACACGUUUUACAAGAAUAUAAAAUCAUCUGAUCAUUAAAAAGAUGACACUGAAAAGCUUUCCACGAGGAGGGAAGAAAGUCCCGGAGAAGAAAUUCCAUGCGGAGAAGCAUGAUAAAAGACAGCGCGAGAAAGCUGGAGGGAAAAAAAGAAAUGAGGAAGAGGAAGCGAAUUUUAUUUCUACGACCGCCGAGAGGUUAACGUAUGCAACGAUAUCCGAAGGACUGACAGUGUUAGGAUGCGUGUUCGAUGUUACCGAGUACGAUUUAAUGAUAUCCUUGCCUGGUGGCACGAUCGGUCGUGCUCAGGUCACAGAUAUCAGCGAGACUUACACGAAUUUGUUACAAAAUCUGAUCGAGUCCGGAGAGCAGCAGACAGGCGAGUUCAAAUCUUUAACAGAAUUGUAUUCCGUCGGGGACUACGUUGUGUGUUACGUGAAAGCCAUACGGCCAGAGGAGAAGUUUCAGAUUGUACUUUCUCUAGAACCAAAAUUGAUAAAUCAAAGUAUAGAUAUCAGUCAUUUAGAUGUUGGCUCGAGGAUGGUCUGCACCGUCAGCAGCAUAGAAGAUCACGGCUGUGUGAUCGAUACAGGAUUAACGAACGCGAGGGGAUUUAUUCCUAACAAGGAAAAUGAGAAGAAUUUGUUCCCUGGCAAACAGCUUCUGUGCUGUGUGAAAGAAAUGAAAACGAGCGAGAACACAUCAAUAAUCACAUUGUCUUCUAAACAAGGCCUUGUCAAAGCUGUCCACGAAACAGAUAUUAAAUCGUUGGACAGUUUAAUGCCAGGCACGAGGUUUGAUCUUCGGAUUAAGAAAGUUCUAGCCAACGGUGUACACGUUUCCUUUGGAGAAGAUUCAAUAGGCUACGUAAACCAACUAUACUUAGAAGAGCCGUUGUAUACGUAUGGAAAAGGAAUGAAUAUCACAGGAACGUUACUGUAUAUUCUACCCACAAUUAAAUUCGCGUACUUCAGCUGCAUGUUAGACAAACCGCGAGACGAUUCGAUUAAACCCGGAGACAUGAUCGAGGAAGCUGUUACAUUGUUCAAAGAAUCCGGCGGCGUGGUGUUGCAGUUGAAUAAAAACAAAACACGAGGUUUCCUUCCCUUAAAAAGAGCGAAUGUCGACUACGAGAAGAUAAUGGAGAAAUUUAUUCCUGGCUCUACGCACAAGUGCAGAAUACUGGCUUACGUUUGGAUGGACAGAACUUACGUCUGUACAAUGCAGCACUCGUUGUUGGAAGAGAAGUAUUUUAAAAUUGCAGAUUUUCAACCGGGGGACACGGUGAAAGCAAAGAUAGUGAGUAUAAAUCAGGAGAAUGGUAUAGUCAAUGUGCAAAUCGGUAAAUUCGGUGGUCAAGUUUCACCGGAGAACGUGUCUGACGAAGGUUUGACCGCUCUGAAGAAACUGAAAGUCGGUGCCGAGGUGCAAGCACGAGUCUUGUUCGUGAACACUGCCUGGAAGAAAGUCUACCUCACUUUAAAGAAGUCUAUGAUAAACAGCAACCUUCCUAUUCUGUCCGAUGUAAGAGAAGCGAAAAUCGGAUCGAGAUAUCACGGAACUGUAAUCCAGACGCACAAAAGUGGAUUGUUGAUAAAAUUUUACGGCAAUGCAAAAGGUUGGGUUCCGCGGCGAGAAGAAGACAGCUCGAAUUAUUCCAUUGGGCAAACUGUCUUAGUAAAGAUCGAGUCAAUAGACAAAGAAUCCGGGAAAAUGCUGUUGAGCAUUGGAUCUAAACGAAAGAAAGAGGAAGAGGAGGAAGUCAAAAAAGAAGAGAAGAAAGAGUUCGAAAUCGGUGACGAGGUGGAAGGAACGAUAGUCGAAUCCUCUACUCUGGGCGUACAGCUGAAGAUCAGUAAGAAUUAUGGACAGAACGUGAGCGUAGGAUUCCUGCCGGCUGGUCAUAUGUCGCCCUGCAUGGAGACUGCAGCUCUGUUGGCAUCAAAAUGCAUCCCCGGGGAAACAUUGACUGCUGUAGUGUUCACCACGGAGCCUUUAAUAUUCACUAAAACUUUAUUCCCCCAAGGGAAACACAGAUUCUUCGAAAAACUAAAAGUCGGGAACUGUAUACCUUGCUCGAUAAGAGACGUCGAGCCUAACGGCGUGAGAGUCAUCCUUCCUGUCGCAGGAUGCGCGCCAUUUGGAUACGUCAACUACAGCAACGUCAGCAAUUUUCAUCUCUUGAAUACGAACCAAAUUCUGUACGCGAAGAUUAUGUCGAUCAAUGAAAAGGAGAAGCAAUUAGGCUUGACAUUGUCGUUAAAAAAAGUAUUCGACGCGCUGCCCGAUCCAAAGAGCAGGCUUAUGGCUGCGGUGGACCCUUUGAAAUUAUACUUGAGCAAACUAAAAGAACUGGCUUCGAAUUCGUUUUAUGAGAACAGACCGAUCUCGUCUGUUAAAUUGGGACAAAGAGUCACUGGAAAGAUUGAAAAAGUUACAGACAGCGGCUUGGUAGUACAACUGCCGAACAAUUUGUUAGGCAUAAUAUCUAAAGAUCAUUACCGUGGACAAAAAAAAGUUGGUGAUAAUAUUUCUGGCACGAUUAUGUGGAAGAAUUAUGUCCACGAGCUGGUCGAUAUAACUGCGCUGCCUGCUUUGAUGAACAAAAUAAGCGUAAACCAAAAUAAGCCGAUACAAUUUGACAAAGGAAAAGAGCUUCGAGGUAGAAUCUUGAUGGUGACGAAUUGGUUCGUCUUAAUUUUGAUAAAAGGUGCCGGCAAAGGCACUCUGGUAGCGAUGCCUGUAAGGCGACACAUGAACGACGUACAGCCAGAUCUGAGACCUUACAAUGUGGAUGCUAAGAUCAAAUGCUACAUCGUGUUAAACUCUAAGGAAUCAGACGUUAUGCCAAUCUGUAUGGUGAAGUCUGCUUUUGAGAAGAAAAAUCAAAAGAAUAAAGAUGCCGAUAAUGUGGUCGCUUCAAAGAAGAGAAAGAAUGCUACCCAAGAGACCGAGGUACCUACUAAGAAGAUAAAAACCGAGGAUAAAGAGAAAAUGGGAGUUAAGAAGAAACGAAGCAAGAAAAAAUCUGACUCUGCCGAUUCGACUUGUAUUAAGAACAAUAAUUUUCAAAUUGAAGAAGAAGACGUGAAGCCCACAGAAACUGAGUUAAGGAAAUCAGAAGAAGAGAAGCCGAGGGUACCGGAAUGCGGUUUCUUCUGGGACGACACACCCGAUUUAAAUCUCCUCGGUAAAAAGGAAUCCUCGAGCGAGAGUGAAGACGAGACGGAGCAACAACCAAAACAGAAGAAGAAAAAAUUGAACGCCGCCGAACGUCGAGAGGAAGCGAGGCAAAAAGAACGGGAGAUUCGUGAAAGAGAAGAAGCCCUAGCCAGUAAUCAAUUACCAAACUCCGUGGAUCAAUUCGACAGAUUGGUUCUGGGCAGCCCAAACAGUUCUAUAAUUUGGCUACAAUACAUGGCGUACCAUUUACAAACGACAGAGAUCGAAAAAGCGAGAGCAGUCGCGAGGAGAGCUGUAAAAACAAUUAAUUUCAGAGAAGAAAACGAGAGGCUGAAUGUAUGGAACGCAUGGUUGAACUUGGAAUCGAAGUUCGGAACCCCUGAAUCGUUGAACGACGUUUUCCAAGAAGCCGUUAGAACCAACGAUUCUUUAAAAAUAUAUACCCACAUGUUAACUGUACAUAUAGAAGCUGGUAGAUUAAGUGAAUUAGCAAAAACAGUCAAUACUAUGAUAGGAAAAUUCAAACAGAAUCCUCAGGUAUGGAUAGACUGCGGCGAGGCUUUGUUAAAGGUGAACUUAAAGGAUAAAUCGAGGCACAUUAUGCAAAGAGCGUUGCAAUCUUUGCCGCCAUCUGAACAUGUAAAUUUAAUGGCGAGGUUCGCGCUGCUGGAGAACAGGUUUCAGGACAAAGAGAGAGCGCAGACUUUGUUCGAGCAAAUUUUAAGCUCGUACCCGAAGCGGGUCGAUGUCUGGUGUUGCUACGUUGAUUGUUUAGUGAAAACUAACGAUAUCGAUCUAGCUAGAAAAGUGUUGGAACGAGCUGUUGUUCAGACGCUCCCGCCUAGGAAAAUGAAGACGCUGUUCAAAAAGUUUAUCGCUUUCGAGGAGCAGUACGGAACGCAAGAAGACGUUUCCCGCGUGCAACAGAUGGCUGUAGAAUAUGUAGAAAAACAGUGCAACAGAGAUUGUUGAUAUCUUUGCUAAUUUAAUAUUACAUAAAAUCA